GGAAAAUAAAAACUUUCACUGAUUGGUUUCUUGUUUCAGAUUCGUUUGAUUGGAUCCGAAUCAUGAAUUUUCCCGCCGAAUAUAAGCUUAUGAUUGGUUGUUUUGUAGAAUUGUUUGAGAUUCUCCUGUGUUUUCACUCUCUGCUCUGUUUCUGUAUUAAAAGAUCUGAUUUUUAUUUAACCUCUCUGCUUUGUUUUGUUCACGUUUUAGAUUCAAAGCUUGAUAGCAAGAGAUGGGUUCUCGAUUUAACUUCGUUGAUGAGGCAAAGCAUCCAGCUUUGGGGGCUGGUGUUCCAUUGAUGAGACAGAACUCUGUUUUCUCGUUAACCUUUGAUGAGUUUCAGAGCUCAUGGGGUGGUGGGAUUGGGAAGGACUUUGGGUCCAUGAACAUGGACGAGCUCUUGAAGAACAUUUGGACAGCUGAGGAAAGCCACUCUAUGAUGGCCAACAACAAUAACACCAGUUUCAACAACACUGUUGUUAUGAACAACAAUGGAGGUUUCUCUGUUGGUGUGGGAGGAGAACUUGCCGGUUGUGGUGGUGGUUUGCAGAGACAAGGGUCACUUACGUUGCCUCGUACCAUUAGUCAGAAAAGGGUUGAUGAUGUCUGGAAGGAGCUGAUGAAGGAGGAUGACACUGGAGAUGGUGUAGGUAAUGUUGGAGGAGGAGCAAGUGGAGUUCCGCAGAGGCAACAGACGUUGGGAGAGAUGACUCUGGAGGAGUUUUUGGUCAGAGCAGGUGUGGUUAGGGAAGAGCCUCAACCGGUGGAGAGGGUGGAUAACUUCAACGGUGGGUUCUUCGGAUUUGGAAGUGAUGCAGGUCUGGUUUCAGCUCGUAAUGGGUUUGGUGGUCCUAACCAACCUCAUGGAGGUGUGGUGAGACCGGAUCUGCUGACAACAGCUCAAACUCAGCCACUGCAGAUGCAGCAGCAGCAGCAGCCACAGAAAGUGCAUCAGCCGCGAGAACUGAUACCGAAGCAGGAUGUAGCUUUCCCCAAACAGACCACUAUCGCUUUUUCCAAUACUGUUGAUUUGGUCAACCGUUCUCAACCUCCAACACAGGAAGUGAAGCCUUCAAUUCUUGGAGUUAGGGACAGGCCAAUGAACAACAACCUUCUUCAAGCUGUUGAUUUCAAAACAGGUGUUACGGUUGCAGCAGUAUCUCCCGGAAGCCAGAUGUCACCUGAUCUGACUCCAAAGAGCGCCAUGGAUGCAUCUUUGUCACCAGUUCCUUACAUGUUUGGUCGUGUGAGAAAAACAGGCGCAGUCCUGGAGAAAGUGAUUGAGAGGAGGCAGAAAAGGAUGAUUAAGAAUAGGGAAUCAGCUGCAAGAUCCCGCGCUCGCAAGCAAGCUUAUACGUUAGAGUUGGAGGCGGAAGUUGCACAACUGAAAGAGCAGAAUCAAGAGUUGCAGAGGAAACAAGUUGAAAUCAUGGAAAAGCAGAAAAAACAGCUUCUGGAGCCAAUGCGUCAGGCAUGGGGAUGCAAAAGGCAAUGCUUGCGAAGGACAUUGACGGGUCCUUGGUAGAGAGCUUAUAUAUUAUGAAGGCGCCCAAGGAGCUCAACAAAGAGAAGAAGUUAUAGAAACAACACAGAAAGUAGAAGCUAGCUUUGUAUGUAACUUAGGCAGGUGUUUUCUGUGGGGGGUGAUUGUAGGUAAUGAAGUGUGUGGCCGAUCCGAUUUGACUACUAGAUCAACACUCUUUUUUUUUUUUCUCUCUCUUUCUUCUGUUUUCUUGAAGCAUCUUUUGGUUUUAUCUUCCUGAUGUAAUAGAUCUUGAUGUUGCUUUAUAGGACGUGUCAAUGUCUUGUAACAUCUUUGUGAACUUGACAAGAUUGGAUUUGUCUUGUAGCAUA